CUGAAACUUGCUUUUCAGACGCCUUAUAAUUUUCCUUUAAUUUAUAGUCGUCAAGGAAACAAACAUCAAUGAACCUGCGAAUCUGUCAAGUGCCUUUAAGAAAAUACGAGGUUGAGGCAGAAACGGGACGAUAUGCCAAUAUUAAAGUGAAAGAUAUGAGCAGCUCAACUUCACUGGAACCCUCGCAAAUAAUUAGAGAAGCAAUUGUAGACUGCCAACCAGACCGCCGCGUGUACCUGCCGUCGAAACGAGCACAAAAAAUAAAAAUUAGGCGUAAUCGAAAAGCAAUGGAUACUGCCAGUGAUCCGCGUAAUUUACAAGAAAUACAUAUACCAGAGCAAUUAAAAUACUUGAAAGGUGAGCUUUUAAUUUUGAGUGACUGGUAUCAUAACGGUGAAAAAUAUAUCAUCAUGGGCACGUCGAAUUCACUGAAAGAAUUAGGGAGAUCACAGUGUUGGGUGAUGGAUGGUACGUUUUACGUAGCACAAAACAUUAAUUUAAAUCCACAAAGAGUAAUUACGGAUUUUGAGCAAACCAUCUCGUCUGUGGCAAAAGAGUUUUUUCCCGAUGCCCAGUAUAAAGGAUGUUUAAUCCAUUUCGGCCAGAUCUUUUGGAGACGAGCUCAAAAAGAAAGACUUGCUCGAAAAUACGGCAAUGAUGAAGGUUUCAGCAUGGCAAUACGUAUGCUGAAAAGCUUAUCAUUGGCUCCUCCCGAAAGUGUGUUAGAUUAUUAUAACGCACUGAAUGCCAGCUCGACAGAUAACGAUUUUAAGAAAGUUUGUGUUUGGUAA